AUGGGUGGAAUAGUACGACAGAAUCGAGAAUUUUUUAAGAUUGUCAUCGAUACCGUGAAAUUGUGUGGACGUCAAAACUUUGCACUGAGAGGUCAUAGAGAUAGCGGCCCUUUAAGUGUAAAUGACGGAGAUUUUGAAAGUGGUAUAAACGAAGGGAACUUCCGAGCAUUGCUACGUUACAAGGUUUCUUCUGGAGAUAAAAUAUUGUUAGAUCACAUUAAAACUUCCCCGCGUAAUGCAACCUACAUUAGUUGGCAAGUCCAGAACGAAAUUAUUAAUUUGUACGAGAGCAACAUUCGGCAAUGCAUCGUGAACAAGGUGAAAGAUGCGGUCUUUUACUCAGUUCUAGCAGACGAAACUAGCGAUGUUUCGCUAAUCGAACAACUGUCUAUUUGUGUCCGUUAUGUGGAGGUGGCCAACGACAAUAAACCAGAAAUUAGAGAAGACUUCUUGGGUUUUGUGGCUGUGGAAAAUAUGUCCGGGCAUGCGCUUGCUAAUUCAAUUAUUGAAACGUUAAAGAUGUGGGGGCUCGAUCUAUCCAAUUUACGCGGUCAAGGAUAUGAUGGAGCGGCAAACAUGGCAAUGCAGUUUCGUGGUGUUCAAGCGCACAGAUACAUAAACGGACGUAUGUAA